GGUUGUAAACACUUUCCGGCUUGGUCAUGGUCCUCGCCAUUCUCGCAAGCAUUGGCUCGAAAUAUUUUCCAACUCAAUAUAUCACUCACAUCGUUAUCGCUCUUGUAUCGACCUUUGCACUCCACGUUAUCUUCCAGGGUAGAAAGACGAAUCGCGAAAGAGACUUGCAUGGUAGAGUUGUCCUCAUCACUGGAGCCUUUACACCCCUUGGCCUCACUCUCCUCCAACAACUCGCUAAACGAGGGGCCCAUAUAAUUGCAUUGACUACAUUUCCGGUUUCUUCAGAGCAUAUCACUACUCUCAUUGAUCUUUUACGUUCAACGACCAAGAAUGAACUCAUCUAUGCAGAGCAAUGCGACUUGGAGGCUCCAGCGUCGAUUCAGGCAUUCUGUAAACGCUUCUUACAAGGAGAUGACAAGAGGUUGGAUGCCUUGAUCUUUGCACACGAGUACGAGUCACUCGGAACGUUCAGCUUCGUAACGAAAGAGACGACAAGCGUCCAGGAGCAGAGGGAUAGACGUGCUCUGGCGACAUUCCUGAUGACAACAUUGCUACUUCCCGCUCUCCUAACAGCUCCUGCUGAGAGAGACAUUCGUAUCAUCAACGUGGUGAACAGAUUCUACGCAGCUGCCGUUCCAGAUCUGUCAAUCUUUUAUUCCAACCUUUUCCAAUCUCUUGCGCCAAACUCGUCGCCCCAACCUCCCAAACAGUCGUCGCUAUUAUUCCUAGAGGGAAGCCGAUCCCUACAAACAAUCAUAUUUACUCGUCAUCUACAGCGGAUCCUCGAUGCCCUUCCUUCCGCUCAGGUCCCAAAAACUUCGGCAGGUUCUAGCGCUGUCCCUGUAGUCAGCGGAAAGAACCAAAAGUCAAAUAUAGUGGCCAUAAGCGUGUCUCCAGGCGUUAGCAGAUCUGACACAUUAGGCAGAAUGCUCGGAGUCGGCUUGGGCGGCCCUGGGUCUUGGUUAGGAAUAUUCUUGUACAUACUCACUUAUCCUAUGCUAAGAAUCUUAGCAAAGGCACCCACCUAUGCAAUACAGUCUGUACUUCAUGUCUUAUUCCUUCCAACACCAUUCAAAGUCUUCUCCACCUCACACUUUGACGAUGCCAAGAGCAAGAAAAAUAGUCCGUCAGAUUCUCUCAUCGACAAACGCCACACAGAAAUGCCAGAGGAGGUACUUAAACCUGGUGCAUUGUACGCUGAAUGCGCGACAGUGGUCGGGUUGAGAGUUCCACCUCCACCCACGUUUGAAGAGAGGUCAGAAAACGGUCAGAAAGGGAAGCAGAAAAAUCAAGCGACGGGAGACGCAAAAACAGCUCGUCUGUCUAACGACGAUGAAUUUGGCGGGGAAAGGGGGGGUACGAUGGUUUGGGAUGCCUAUGAAGCCGCGUUGAGGGUUUGGGAGAAGUCUAACCCCAGUUUGGCGGAUUACGAAAGAGAGAAGGAACGAGCGAAUCCCAGUAAUGUACAGGCUGUCCCUGAGGAAUGAUUGUAGUUUUGUAGUUCCUUAGGGAUUGAUACAGCUGAUGCAUGUUUCUCAGCAUUUCAUAAGGUAGACGCCAUUCAUAACCCACUAACCCCACGUGAUUGAGGUCACAUCGUUACCGCCUUCCAAAUCGGGCCUCUG